CAAAAAUUUCCAGCGCCGGACGUCGACGUUCCCGGUGUACAAGUCGAGAUUACUGGCCCCGUUGAAGCAGGAAUACCGUGCUGUUUCGUGCCUUUCGCGCCUGCUUUGACUGGGAUUGCGGCAUGCAGUGACUUAUGUUCCUGUGUCGUCGACAAUUGAGCCGUGUCGUCUUUCGCAACCUUCUCUCAUAUGCGCAGCAGGCGGCGUGUAGAAAAUACACAAAAAAUGCAGGCGGCACUGCUGCACAGGCGAUACCUAGCGUGCAAUCUUCGUCUCUCACGCGAUCUCCAUCUAUAUUUCCUACGACACCCUCUCCAAAUACAUACAGGCAGACGCACCGAGAAUCCACCCAUCUCACGUUGGAUGAAUAUUUUCGGAUGCGCACUGAGGAUCCACAGUCUAUUGCCUCUUUGCCAGCGACUACCUUCAAGAAAAUCAUCUCGGACACGGCGCUGUCUGUGAACCAGUUCAAAGCAAUUGUGUCAGACGUCCUUCAAAUUUACAAGAACGAGGGAAGAAGAAAUCAAAACAUUGCUAUACGGUCUAUCACAGCUUCGAAUCAUUUCUUCCGUUUAUCCCCCGAGGACGUGCUGGCGCUGGUGCAAAGGCUUGAUCAGUUGUUCGAUGGUCUGCAAAACGCAGACCGUGGCCUGAUUGACAGAUUAUUAGCCAAUCUACCUCCCUCUCCUACGGUCGCGCACCUAGAACUUCUUGAUAUGCUGCACCCCGUCGUGAUGCACCACCUUGAACAGCAUCCACUUCCGCCCAAGAAGGCGUCCGUUUCAUACUGCCCAAGUCAUCUUAUCCGCAGAUCGGGAUAUUAUGUUCGGGCUCUCUUGAUUGCAGACAAGCGCGACAAGGUUUUGGAAGUGUUCCAGGUGCUAAUGGAGAAGCAAUUUGUACAACCGAUCCCAGAACUCUCCGUGUCGCAAGAAUUUGGGGUCAUCGUCCUCUUGACCCUGGCGAAAGCAUGGUUUCAUUGGGACUGGCGAGACUUAGGUAUGCUACUACUGAUCGACGGGGUCCGCCAGCCGAAUGCUUUCGACGCGGCGAUUGCAUCCACCACACACCGCCUCAUCGCAGACUCUGUUCACCAGAUUGUCCAGCAUGCCAGGCACUACGAACUGAGCCAGUGCCUGGAGCUUCUCUUCCAGCUCCAUUCCAUCUCGCCCCUUCCCGAUAAUAUCAUUCAUGCGUUAUAUAUUGCCAUCAAGACGAAGGAAUAUUUCUCCUUAGGCUUGAAGCUGUACAGCUUCGUCAGCGACCCCUCAGUCAUCAAGCAGCACAAAUAUCCGCCUCCGCCUAGUGAAGUCCUACUAUGGCUACUGCAAUCAAUUGACAACCAAUCGUCAGGGUCUCAUUUGGCCAGAUCCCUCGCUGGAGCGGUCGUACAUCAAAAUGUUCACCUUCCUGCACAGGACCGCGCCCAUUUUAUUGCGAUCCUGGCAAAAAAUGGUUUUGGAAAUCUCGCAAGGGCACUGUGGCUCCGUUACUCCACCGGGCCAGACAAGGCUUAUGUUACCGGCAACGCUACUUGUAUGAUUCGCAUGGUUUCCAUUUUCACACACCUCCGAAAACGGCUCAAAGCCCCAGAAAGCCGUCCAUCGACGAGAAUUCCAGACCCUGCACUGUCUCGGAAGCGCGAUGCUGAAUUUGCGACUUUCGUAAACCAUGUGUUAAGAGAGUGGUCCCUGGUUCAUACGCCUUUGACAGCCGCCAGCCACGAGAAUUUGACAUCGUUCGCGCGAGCCAAUUUCAUAGCGGGACGGCAAUCUGAUGUGUUUAACGUCUAUGAGAUACUUCUCGAACGCAGAGAAAUCCCAGAUCUUUAUGACGUGAACAUCGUGUUGGGGGCACUGGCGGAGCGACAUCCUCGCGCCGCGGCGAGGAUGAUCGAGCGAAUGGUCGAGAAAGGAUUGCAUCCCGACGGAGUCACAAUUGGCACCGUGCUGCAUCAGUCCCUCGUACACAACGAUCUGUCGCUUUUCCAGGAUCUUCUUCUCCGACUAGGCGAAAUGCAAGUGGCGCUGACGGAGAAAGCGUUGGUGUCUUUCUUGCGCGCGAACGCGACGCUGAGCCUUACGACGGCGCCCGACGUUCAGCGAAAGAAAUUUCUUGGCAUUUUGUCGGUCGUCACAGCCAUGAAACAUACGGGGAUCACUUCAUCGCCACAUCUAGGCAAGUUUCUCGCGUAUGCGGCGUUGAAAGCGGGAUUGGCGGUAUUUGCCUACAGAUUCUGGAAACUGCUGCUGUCGGAGUCGGCUGAGUGGGAUGAUGAUGAACAAGGGCAGCUGCGAAGUACGUUGAUCUCCAAUAUCCGUUCUCGCUGGCACAAAGGGAUCCUGGCGGAAGGGCGGGCUAGACUCAUGCUCAGGCAUCUCGCGGGUAGGCAUCGUAAUGGAUAGCACAUAAUAGAAAAUUUUGGGUAACCAAGAAACGGGGGAAAGGUUACGACCGACAAAAUGGAGCACGUGGAAUUAGGUACCAGCCGCAACUCGGAUCGGAGGCAAUAUGAACCUGUGGUGAUCUGAGCAAUGUUGAGCAAGUCUGAGGAAUCCAAAAGGGUGCAUCGCCAAACUUCAAUCUGGCCGGUUGCGAAAGAUUAACCGGAGAUAGGCCGGGGGAGUGACCGCGGUCUAUUGUGAGAACGGAGCCAAGGACCCGUGAUACAAUAUUUGCUGAAUGAUAUUCUGGAAACCAUAUGUGUAAAAGUGCUCGAUUGGGACGGAGGACACUGAUUUUUAGGUUUCCAUUGCCCU